CGCCCGCCGUCCGCCCCGAGCCCAGGCCGCCGGCGCUGCCGCUGCUCAGAGCGCGAGUGCAGCCAUGGCCGGAGCCCCCACCCUGGCCCUGCUCCUGCUCGGGCAGCUCCUGGCCGCGACCGUGACCGAGGCGCAGAAAGUGGGACCCCAAGGCCCCCCGGGCCCCCAAGGGCCACCUGGGAAACCGGGCAAGGAUGGCAUUGAUGGAGAAGUUGGGCCUCCGGGUCUGCCAGGGUCCCCGGGACCAAAAGGGGCCCCAGGGAAGCCAGGGAAACCAGGGGAGGCUGGGCUCCCAGGACUGCCCGGUGUGGACGGUCUGACAGGACAGGACGGACCACCGGGCCCCAAGGGCGCACCUGGAGAACGGGGAAGUCUGGGCCCCCCAGGGCCCCCCGGGCUGGGGGGCAAAGGCCUCCCCGGACCCCCGGGAGAGGCAGGAGUGAGCGGCAUCCCUGGUGGAGCUGGCCUCCGGGGCCCCCCGGGACCCUCUGGACUACCGGGCCUCCCUGGCCCCCCGGGACCUCCUGGACCCCCUGGUCACCCAGGGGUCCUCCCUGAAGGCGCCACUGACCUGCAGUGCCCGGCCAUCUGCCCCCCAGGCCCUCCUGGGCCCCCAGGAAUGCCAGGGUUCAAGGGGCCCACCGGCUACAAAGGGGAGCAAGGAGAGGUCGGCAAGGAUGGCGAGAAGGGUGAUCCUGGCCCCCCCGGGCCCGCUGGCAUCCCAGGCACUGUAGGGCUGCAGGGGCCUCGGGGACUUCGAGGUCUGCCGGGGCCGGCCGGGCCCCCCGGGGAUCGGGGUCCCAUCGGAUUCCGAGGGCCGCUGGGGAUCCCAGGAGCCCCUGGGAAAGUGGGUGACAGAGGCGAGAGGGGCCCAGACGGAUUCCGUGGCCCCAAGGGUGACCUUGGCAGACCUGGUCCCAAAGGAGCCCCUGGAGUGGCCGGGCCGGGCGGAGAGCCGGGUAUGCCGGGCAAGGACGGGCGGGACGGCGUGCCCGGACUCGAUGGCGAGAAGGGAGAGGCCGGUCGCAACGGUGCCCCAGGAGAGAAGGGUCCCAACGGGCUGCCGGGCCUCCCCGGACGAGCAGGGUCCAAGGGCGAGAAGGGAGAACUGGGCCGAGCUGGGGAGCUGGGUGAGGCCGGACCCUCGGGAGAGCCUGGCAUCCCGGGAGACGUUGGCGUGCCCGGGGAGCGCGGUGAGGCUGGCCACAGGGGCUCGGCGGGGGCUCUGGGCCCGCAAGGCCCUCCUGGAGCCCCUGGCGUCCGAGGCUUCCAGGGCCGGAAGGGCGACACAGGAGACCCCGGCCUGCCGGGCCCCCAGGGCCUCCGAGGUGUCACGGGUGACCGGGGCCCCGGAGGAGCCGCAGGCCCGAAGGGAGACCAGGGCAUUGCAGGUUCUGACGGCCUUCCUGGGGACAAAGGAGAGCUGGGUCCCGGUGGUCCCGUCGGUCCCAAAGGAGAGUCCGGCAGUCGAGGGGAGCUGGGCCCGAAGGGCAUCCCGGGUCCCAACGGCACCGGUGGCGUGGAUGGCGUCCCAGGCCCGCCCGGCCCCGUGGGUUUCCAGGGCGUCCAAGGCGUGCCUGGCAUCACCGGGAAGCCCGGAGUCCCGGGACGAGAGGCCAGCGAGCAGCACAUCCGGGAGCUGUGUGGGGCGAUGCUCAGCGAACAAAUUGCACAGUUAGCAGCUCACCUGAGGAAGCCUUUAGCGCCGGGAUCCGCGGGCCGGCCUGGUCCAGCUGGACCCCCAGGUCCCCCGGGGCCCCCCGGCUCCAUCGGCCACCCCGGUGCGCGAGGGCCCCCUGGAUAUCGUGGUCCCACCGGAGAGCUGGGAGACCCUGGGCCCAGAGGGACCCAGGGAGACCGAGGAGACAAAGGCUCGGCGGGCGCGGGUCUGGACGGGCCUGACGGAGACCAGGGGCUCCAAGGACCGCAGGGCGUGCCCGGCGUGAGCAAGGACGGCCGAGACGGGGCCCAAGGCGAGCCCGGGCCUCCGGGAGAUCCCGGCCUCCCUGGUGCUGUUGGUGCUCAGGGGACCCCCGGCAUCUGUGACACCUCUGCCUGCCAAGGAGCCGUGAUGGCAGGGGGCGGGGAAAAAUCCGGUUCUAGAAGCUCCUAAAACGCAACUGAAGGAAGUGAGGGAGAUGAUGAGGCUGCUGCAAGCAGGGAGCUCCAGAAGGUCCCAGAAGAGACCUCGGGCCGCGCUGUGACGUCCCCCGAGGCCCUCCCGGCCUGGGCCUCGUGUCCUCGACAGCAGCGACUGGACACCGGGUCCCUGAGAGCAUCCUCCAAUGCCCUGUCCUCGUGUUCUGUCUCCCAUGUAUUUACAGCUGAAACGUCGUACCUCAGCCCAGGCCCUACGUGACGUGGCAUCUGGGGGUACAGGCUGCACACGCAGUUCUGUACGAUUCCACAGACAGAAAACAUUCAGCUUGUUUACACAGCAUUUGUGGAAGGACGAAGACAUGGUCCCGGUGAGACGGUCUAUGAAAUCUAACGACCACGGUGUAACAAAUAAAGAAGUUCACGUACGGCAUCCCCACUACACAUGGUCUAGUCUGAUUUUCCCGCUUUUCUCGUGUACAAACUUUUACCGUCUCCAAUUAACAGUAUUUAUUGAAGGUGACUCUGUACGGCACGAAAGUCUACUGCUAUUACCUGUUGUGAUAAAUAAAGCCACUCAUUUGAAAAACUCA